UUUACAAAUAUAAAUAAUAUUGUAUGUAAGUUAUAAUAGUAUAAAAUAUUAAUAACAAAAAUAUCAGAAAGUCAUGACAUUAAAACAGUUUUUAAUUAUAUUUGUAUCAAUUAAUGCUUGUUUUUCAAGAAGAAUAGAUUUUCUAAACCAUUUAGAGGAAAAUAUAAUUGUAUCAAUUACUGGAAGAGAUGAUUUUUUGUUAGAAAACAAUGGAUUUUUUAAAUCCAUUGAAGUGCCAAAAGGCAAUAGAACAAUUUAUGCUAAGUAUGCAUAUUGUAAAAUUAACGAUUGUGAUGAAUAUGUCACUAAAGCCCAGUUUAAAAUAGGAUAUAUAGCCAAAAAUUUGGAUUUAAAGUAUAUCGAUCUGAGAAGUGGAUAUAAUUUUUAUAUGGAGGUUAAAUCUUCUUCAGAAGACUGCGAAACUUCAAAAACUUGCAGGGAAAUGUUGACCGUGUGUCCUAAAUCCACAAUGGUUUUAGCAGACAAAAAUUUAGUGGCAUGCAAAAAUACGAAAGAAAGUUAUAUAAAAUUUUUGGAGUGCGAUACAGCUGUCACAUCUGACAUGAACGUAGUUGGGAACACCCAAACAUGUGUUAAUGUGCAAUAUUAUACAAUUACCUUUGGUAAAAAACAAAUUUAAAAUUUGACAAUAAUAAAUAAAUUAAUUAAUUACCUACACUGAGAG